GUUGUAAAUUCAGAAGAAAGAAGGACCAAAAAAGCAAAUUGAAUCCAUAGGAAACUCUGACUACUUUAAUAAAACAUUUCCCGAGAAUAGCAAGUCUUUUCCACUCUCUCCUCAAUCUCCUUCAGGUCCAAGGUUGCAUAAUUUCUCUGGUCCAGUUUACACCGGAGAAAGACUGCAGCCUUGGCUGUGAAGUAUCAAGUAUAACAAGCUUUCAAGGUUUCUGGAGUUGAAUUCUGAUUGUUUUAUUUGAAGGGUUUUGCAUGUGGAAUUAGCUAUGCCUAUGGAAUCAUUGUGGAAGCUUCUGUAUUUGUUAGAGCCUGCUCCGAUAACCCUUAUUAUAACAGCAGUCGCUGUGACUUUUGGAUCUGCUUUUAGAGCUCUAAAUUAUGGAAAAGAAAUGGAGCGUAACCGAGACUUGUCGGAAGCAUCAAUUACCUUGGAUAGGUCUCAAGCACUUAUGAUCCCAAUAAUGAGCUCUUUUAGCUUGAUCAUGAUGUUUUACUUGUUUUCUUCUGUGUCACAAAUCUUGACUGCCUUCACAGCAGUCGCCUCUGCUUCCUCUCUUUUCUUUUGCCUAUCUCCAUAUGUUAACCGUGUGAAGUCACAUCUUGGGUUGGCUGACCCGUUUGUAUCACGGUGUUGUUCCAAGUCAAUUACCAGGCUUCAAGGGCUCCUCUUGGUUGUGUGCUUGUGUACAGUGGCAGCUUGGCUUGUUUCUGGACACUGGAUAUUGAACAACUUGCUAGGGAUCUCCAUCUGUGUUGCAUUUGUAAGUCAUGUAAGACUUCCAAAUAUAAAAGUAUGCGCGAUGCUUCUUGCAUGUUUGUUUUUGUACGACAUUUUUUGGGUUUUCUACUCAGAGAGGUUUUUUGGUGCGAAUGUAAUGGUCUCCGUAGCAACUCAACAGGCAUCUAAUCCUGUUCAUACAGUAGCUCAUAGUUUGAGUCUCCCUGGUUUGCAAAUGAUCACUAAGAAAUUGGAGCUACCGGUGAAGAUCGUCUUCCCUAGAAAUUUGUUAGGUGGAGUUAUUCCAGGAGAACAUGCGGCGGACUUCAUGAUGCUUGGACUAGGAGACAUGGCUAUCCCUGCCAUGCUUUUGGCAUUAGUUCUCUGCUUUGAUCACAGAAAGAACAGGGAAACAGUCAGCCCAUUAGAUUUUGCAUCCUCUAGAGGGCAUAAGUACAUAUGGUAUGCUAUUUCUGGAUAUGCUGUUGGCCUUGUAACAGCUUUGGCUGCUGGAAUUUUGACUCACUCACCGCAGCCAGCCCUUCUAUACCUGGUUCCUUCAACAUUAGGUCCCAUAAUUGUAAUCUCUUGGAGAAGGAACGAGCUGAUGGAGCUAUGGGAAGGUCCGUUGCCAAAUUCGAAUGAUAAAGUUCAUUUGGUUGAUGUAUGAUUUACUCGAAUCCAGUUCUGAUUUUAUUGCUCCUAUUGGGGGAUUGGAAAAUGUAAAGAUACUUCGGGGAGUAAUGCUUCCAAUUUAGUUUCUGAGGAGAACACCUCUUGUAGUGAUGAAUGUUUAUUUCUCAUCAAUGAUAUUAUUAGAUGAAUUAUUCGUUAAAUAUAACUAUAAUACUUAUAUCUA